UCUCAGUGAUCGGAACAACAAACCGAACGGAGCAAGCGGGGUAAGAGUGUGUCCAAAACCGCCCCUGACCGCCACUUUCAAACUACAUCCAUGAAAUAGCCGCGAAUGCGCACUUUAAAGCCACCGGAGUCCAUCUAGCUCUUCAAGAAGUCCUAAUAAUACGGAGUCGACCCCAACGGCUGGGUUUAUGAGACAGAAAUACCCACUCUUGUGUUAUGUGAAUGAAGACAAAGACAUUGAUCAGUUGAAGUUGACCAGAAGAUGUUAAAGAAAUGAUAGCUGCACCAGAAUUACAAGCAGAAUUUCAUUACCCUCAGGACACCGACACCCGCUUCUCAUCAGACACUGAUUUUGAUGAUCCUGAUGGGAGGAAUAUCUUUUCUGGGAAAGGGAAGGCAAAAAAAUGCAAGAAGGGCCCUGGAGAGAGGGGGAAAGGAUUGGGUAAAGGAGCUGGGUGCAUGAAUGGUCACCACCAGGAGAACGGCAUGGAAAAUAUAAUGCUUUUUGAAGUGGUCAGGUUGGGGAAGAGUGCCAUGCAGUCGGUCGUUGAUGACUGGAUCGAGUCCUAUAAACAUGACAGAGAUGUUGCACUCCUCGACUUGAUAAAUUUCUUCAUUCAGUGUUCUGGAUGCAAAGGUGUUGUCACUGGUGAGAUGUUCCGGAACAUGCAAAACUCUGAAAUAAUCAGGAAGAUGACAGAAGAGUUUGAUGAGGACAGCGGCGAUUACCCACUCACCAUGGCCGGGCCGCAGUGGAAAAAGUUCAAGUCCAGUUUCUGUGAGUUUAUCGGUGUGUUGGUGCGGCAGUGUCAGUACAGCAUCAUCUAUGAUGAGUACAUGAUGGACACUGUCAUCUCACUUCUCACCGGCCUCUCUGAUUCUCAAGUCCGAGCCUUCAGACACACUAGCACACUGGCAGCCAUGAAGCUAAUGACAGCCCUCGUGAAUGUAGCAUUGAACCUCAGCAUUAACAUGGACAACACCCAACGGCAAUAUGAAGCAGAAAGGAACAAGAUGCUCGGCAAAAGGGCCAAUGACAGACUAGAGCUUCUGCUUCAAAAACGCAAGGAGUUGCAAGAAAAUCAGGAUGAAAUUGAAAACAUGAUGAAUGCCAUUUUCAAGGGUGUCUUUGUUCACCGAUAUCGUGAUGCAAUAGCAGAGAUCCGGGCAAUCUGCAUCGAGGAGAUUGGUGUGUGGAUGAAAAUGUAUAGUGACGCAUUUCUUAACGACAGCUAUCUUAAGUAUGUGGGUUGGACCAUGCAUGACAAGCAAGGUGAGGUGCGUCUGAAGUGCCUCACAGCUCUGCAGGGUCUGUACUAUAACCGCGAGCUCAAUGCCAAGCUGGAGCUCUUCACCAGCCGCUUCAAGGACCGAAUCGUAUCUAUGACGCUGGACAAGGAGUAUGAUGUUGCAGUGCAAGCAAUAAAACUACUCACACUGGUGUUACAUAGCAGUGAUGAAGUUCUGACUGCAGAAGACUGCGAGAGUGUGUACCACCUGGUGUACUCUGCCCACCGACCCGUCGCUGUGGCAGCAGGAGAGUUCCUCUUUAAGAAACUGUUCAGUCAUCGAGACCCUGAGGAUGACAGCAUGCCCAAGAGACGAGGCAGACAGAGUGUCAAUGCCAACCUCAUCAAAACCACGGUCUUUUUUUUCCUGGAGAGUGAGCUUCACGAGCAUGCCGCCUACCUUGUGGACAGCAUGUGGGACUGUGCAGCAGAGAUACUGAAGGACUGGGAGUGUAUGAUAAGCCUACUGUUGGAUGAACCACUGCCUGGAGAAGAAGCUCUAACGGACAGGCAGGAGACGGCUCUGAUUGAGAUCAUGCUGUGCACCAUCCGUCAGGCUGCAGAGUGCCAUCCUCCUGUGGGCAGAGGCACAGGCAAAAGGGUUCUGACGGCAAAGGAGAAGAAGACUCAGCUUGAUGAUCGAACGAGGAUGACGGAGCUCUUCGCUAUAGCACUGCCACCUUUACUUGCAAAGUACUCUGUUGAUGCAGAGAAAGUGACUAACCUGUUGCAGCUGCCCCAGUUCUUUGAUCUGGAGAUCUAUACCACAGGACGUUUGGAAAAGCACCUGGAUUCAUUGUUAAGACAAAUCAGAGAUAUUGUGGAGAAGCUCACGGACACAGAUGUGCUAGAGGCUUGCUCCAAAACCUACCACUCCCUGUGCAAUGAGGAGUUCACCAUCUUUAACCGGGUGGAUAUCGCCCGCAGCCAGCUCUUGGAUGAGUUAGUGGACAAGUUCAACAAGCUUCUAGAGGACUUCCUGCAGGAGGGUGAAGACCCAGAUGAAGAUGAUGCUUAUCAAGUUCUGUCCACACUGAAGAGGAUCACUGCUUUCCACAAUGCUCAUGACCUCUCCAGAUGGGACCUCUUCACCAGCAACUACAAGUUACUGAACACUGGCAUUGAAAAUGGCAACAUGCCUGAGCAGAUUGUCAUUCAUGCUCUGCAGUGCACACAUUAUGUCAUUCUUUGGCACUUAGCCAAGGUCUCAGAGGGCAUGUUUAAAAAGGAGGACAUGGUGACUCUGAGGAAGCAAAUGAGGGCAUUUUGUCUGAUGUGCCAGCGUUACCUAACCAGCGUCAACACCGCUGUCAAAGAGCAGGCCUUCACCAUCCUCUGUGACCUGCUGUUGAUCUUCAGCCAUCAGAUUAUCGCAGGGGGGGAAGCUCUGGAGCCCCUAGUAUACAAUUCUGAGGAAUCCCUGCAGUCUGACCUUCUUAAUUUUAUCCUGGACCAUGUCUUCAUUGACCAGGAUGAAGAUAGCAGCAGCACAGAUGGGCAGCAGGAUGAUGAAGCAGGAAAAAUUGAAGCUUUGCACAAGAGGCGAAACCUGCUGGCAGCAUAUUGCAAACUCAUUAUCUACAAUGUAGUUGAGAUGAACACUGGUGCAGAUAUAUUUAAGCAAUAUAUGAGGUAUUACAAUGACUAUGGUGACAUCAUCAAGGAAACUAUGAGCAAGACGAGACAGAUCGACAAAAUCCAGUGUGCAAAGACACUCAUUUUGAGCUUACAACAGCUAUUCAAUGAGAUGCUGUCAGAUCUGGGUCCCAGCUUUGACCGCUCAUCCUCGGCCUUCUGUGGCAUUAAAGAGCUCGCUCGCCGUUUCUCUCUGACCUUUGGCCUGGAUCAGCUCAAGACCAGAGAAGCUAUCGCCAUGUUACACAAGGAUGGUAUUGAGUUUUCCUUCAAAGAACCGAAUCCACAGGGUGAGGGACAUCCGCCCCUGAACCUGGCAUUUCUGGACAUCCUCAGCGAGUUCUCAUCCAAACUCAUGCGUCAAGACAAGCGUACUGUGCACAUGUAUUUGGAGCGCUUCAUGACGUUUCAGAUGGCCCUGCAGAGAGAGGACUGCUGGCUGCCGCUCAUCUCAUAUAGGAACUCACUGCAGGCAGGGGGUGACGAUGACACCAUGUCUGUGGUCAGUGGCAUAAGCAGCCGGGGCUCCUCCAUCAGGAGCAAGAAGGCAAAGCCUGCUACUGGCAAGAGGAAAUUACCUGAGGAGGAGAGCAGUAGCAGCAGUGAGGUAUGGAUGAGCCGUGAGCAGAGUAUGCAGACGCCCGUUAUGAUGCCUUCACCCCACCUUACCUCCACCGUCAUGAGAGAGCCCAAACGCUUGCGUCCUGAGGAUAGCUAUAUGGGGGUGUACACAAUGACCCCUGAGCAGCAACAACAGCACACACACCCUCAGACUCCGCAGCCACAACACCACCACACACCAAUGGACUACAACACGCAAGUCACCUGGAUGCUAGCACAGAGACAGCAGCAAGAGGAGGUGGCCAGACAGCAGCAGGAGAGAGCUAUGAACUAUGCCAAAUUAAGGAGCAAUCUUCAGCAUGCCAUCCGUCAAGGAACAGGUCUAAUGGAGGAUGAUGAGGAACCUAUUGUGGAAGAUGUGAUGAUGUCAUCAGAAGGCCGGAUUGAGGAUCUCAAUGAAGGCAUGGACUUUGACACCAUGGAUAUUGAUCUGCCCCCAUCGAAGAAUCGACGAGAGCGAUCAGAACUGAAGCCUGACUUUUUUGACCCUUCCUCCAUCAUGGAUGAGUCUGUAAGAAGCACUCAUUUCCUGGGUUAUGAUGCUUUUCAGCGGUAAUGUGGACUUGUUCACUCCACCUCUGAGGACAUGAAAGAGAUCAUCAAUAGAUGGGACUAGGAGGAGUGAUUUCUGUUUAGUUGAAUUGCCCUUAUUGCAAAAAGAGAAAGAAAGAGGGAGAGCAUCUCACUAUAAUAAAUACUAAUCAGACCGAUCUGGACUAAUGAUUAAAUGAAACGUUUGUUUGGUAACACUAAACAUUGAACUGAUUUUUGAAAUUUAAACAUUUUGUCUUGUAGGUCCUGGGAGUGCCCAUGUUUUAAGAUUAUAAUUGGAGGAGUGUGAAAUGAAGAAACAUUUUGCGUGAAUUCAGAUUGAUUCUCUAAAGAGAAUUAAAUUUAAUGCAGUGAUUGGCAUCCAAAUCGGCUCGUACCAUUGACACUUAAUAAACUGAAAGAUAAAUAAAACGUUAUUAUAAAUCUUUGCAAUCAUUGUGUGGGCUUUCCCUCAUCAUGCAAAACAGUGAAGGUAAAUACUGAACGCGGUGAAAUCUCGGACUGUCCUUAGCCAUACACAAGUAUAAUAUAUAUAUAUAUAUAUAUAUAUAUAUAUAUAUAUAUAUAUAUAUAUAUAUAUAUAUAUAUAUAUAUAUAUAUAUAUAUAUAAUCACAGUUGAACGUCAUCAUGUUUGAAGAAACAUAUGUAAGAUCUCUUAGAAUUGUGGUAUUUCUUGAAACGGGGUGAAUGCGUUUUUUCUUUUUUUUUUAACUUAAAGAAAACUUUAUGUAUAGCCCUUUUGUAAUAGUGAGUAAUCUGGUGUAAAGUAGUAAUUUAUAAGCAGGUUUUUGCUCAUCAUAUUGAGUAUUGAUAUAUUUUAUUCUUAUCUAAUAUGUGAAAUGGAGGAAACCCUCCAGGUCUUUAUAUCUCUUACCGUAAAGAUCAUGACACAAUACGAAGCUUAAAUCGAAACACCCUGAGACAGAUUUAUUACUGCCUUUGGUGCAUGAGUAAAGUUUGGAGCAAUUUCAGUAACAUGUUCAGCGAUUGGUAUAUACUCAGUGGACUUGUUACAUUUUUGGCGCCAAUAAAACUGUUUUUAUGUGCCAACUGCCCUAGUAAAUCAGGCGUUUAGACUCCCAGUCACCCUGUGGAGAUGCACAGAAAGGAGUAUAAUUCUUCUUCCGCAGAGUCACAAGGCUUAUCCAAAGAUUAGAUGUGCUCGCUUGUCCCUCUAAAAUCUAAGAUCAAGCAAAGAAGAGGAAAACUCUCCAGUAUGCCAUUGUGUUGUCUCUAUUUAAAACUAAACUUAGUGUAGUUUGUCUGGUGGAGAUUUUCUUCUCCCUGAUUAGAGCUUUGUAGGCAUCUACAUUUAAAUAAAGUUUUAUAUACAUAUAUAAAUUGGUGCUGAUUUUAUAACUGUGCUUUUAUUUUUGUUUUUCUUUAUUUUUAAAACCCAAAUUAGAGUUCAGAGGGUUUGGAAAUGUAUAAAAACAUGUCUAAACAUGAAUGUGUGUAGCCAUGCAGCUAGUAAAGUUUUGAGAUAAGUCAUAUAUAUAUAUAUAUAUAUA